CAUUAAUUGAUCACAUCGACUCUGCGCGAUUCUGGAAACCCAAAGGAAUUUCACCGACCCCCAGCCCCCAAAUUGAAAACAAUUCUGUGACUUUCCCCGUCCUGCCAAACCACGAUUUUCACCCGCAGGUUCGACAGUACGAGUACUCGUACCGUACGUAGUUUACAAGUUUUGAUUUCGAACCGAUCAUUCACGGAACACAUCUGCGUACUCUAGGUCGACAUAAAUCACGAUGCUUCCCUCUGGACGAGGAGCGACGAUCUUGCGGUGUUCACAGCCAAUCUUCCUGCGGAUACCGGCCGUGUCGGCACAACGACAUCCUCUCUGUCGGCAUGAGCUUGCGUUCAGUGAGUCCAUGGCCUUCGAUGCUGUCCACCCACAACAAAGAAGUCAUUCUCGUUUGGCAGCUUUGUCGUGCGGAACAAAAAUAUGUCAGUCGCAGCAGUAUCGGUUCAAACCGACAAUUAAACCUUUUCCGAUUGACGGUCACAGUAACACAAAGACGACUGGCAAAAGUAUUUCUACCAGAUUCCUAUCCGACUGCGCUAGUUUUCAGAACGAUCCCGAAGACGUCCAAAAUUCGGAAAACGAGGAAAUGGAAUCGCACAACGAUUAUUCUGUCACUAUAACAAAAGACGGACAAGCAAUAUGCAUAAGCUCUUUUUGCAGAAACCUCUGUGGUGACGGCAGAGAAUCAAGCGAAGAUUCAUGGGAAUUUGCUUCGUCCUUGCUUUGGGUCAACGAUCCACAGUACAUACAUACUAGUUCGGGACAACGGCUGCGCACACUGGGGCAAUACUCGAGGGGAUUUGAGAUUKUGCGUGCCCGACUCCUCUUCGUCGACACAGACGACUCGUUUGUCGACGGUGCUGAUUGUGCCGACAGCAGCACGAGCUUGCAUCCCGCCCCUCCAAGAGGGAGCAUGCACUCGAGGGGAGGCCUGUACGACAUCGCCUCCGAUUGUCUUGAGAAAACAAAAGACAAGGGAAGAACGUUGGUGCAACUUGAAUGGAAUUAUGGGGAAGAAUCCAUUUUCGAUUUGGUAUGGCUGAUCGAUCACGCCCGCAACAAUUGUUUGGGUCAGGACAUAUCAAGCAAAUCAAAGAGUGCCAUUAAAACAAUACAAGUACGCUCCGAAAGUAGAAAACGGCCGUGUGAGAGAUUCAGUCUAUCGACUGCCGUAUCGAAAGAAAUUGCAAUAGGUGCAAUGGACAAUCCAAGAAGCACACCUGUCUCGAGUUUUGAUUACAAAGAAAUAUUGGAGAACGAUGAAGUUCUCUUCGAAGGAAUGCAAGAUGUAUUUGAGGCCGGAGUUAUUUUGAUAAGAAACGCACCGGAUUUAGUGAAAACAAAAAACGAAAGAAGAACCGGAUACAGCUCGCUAGAUGAAGUCGAAUCAUCAAGAAUGUCGGAAUCGAUUGUCGGGAAUCUUGGAAGACGGUUUUCCGGCGGCACUCUUUCUCAUGGAUCUCUAUAUGGAGAUAUUUUUCACGUACAGAGCAAGCACGAUCCCGAAAAUAUUGCUUAUACCAACGUGGCUUUGCCCCCCCACCAAGAUCUGACGUAUUAUGAAUCAAAACCAUUCUUGCAACUUUUGCAUUGCGCGACAAACAGCCGCGACGACAGCAAUUAUAUUGUUGGAGGCGAAUCUAUCUUGAUCGAUGGUUUGGCUGCCGCAGAGGAACUGCGCCGAAUAUGUCCCGAGAUCUUUGACGUACUUCUCAAGACCGAGGCAACAUUUGUAAAGGAACGCCACGACGCAGAUAUGGUGAGCCCCAAACCCCAUGUCGUAGUAGAUCCUACAUAUGGACAAGUUGUGGAGGUGAACUGGAGUCCACCGUUCGAAGGCCCACUACAAAUGAAUCCGAGAGUCGCCGUAGAAGAUUAUAUUCUAGCCUACCAGGCAUUCGAGAGAAUUGUGGACGAUAACCACGAUGGUACGAACAGCCAUUCAUCCUUGUUGUCCCAACCRCUCGAAAGAGUGCUAGGGGAUUACGCAAAGGAGUAUACCUGGGAAUACGCUAUGCGUGAGGGAGAGAUUCUUGUUUUCAAUAACCAACGAAUGUUGCAUGGUAGAAGAUCAUUUAGGUCUGUCGGAACCGUACAGCGACACUUGAUUGGAUGCUAUACCGAUGCUCUAGAAACUUCUAGUCGGUAUCGCCAACUCUUGAGGGAUAGGGAACGAAAGAACGGAGGAGGAUACGGAAGAAGAAACACCGGGAGUGGGUGCCGUUGGAUGUAGUGACUGGUUAAUUGCAAACAAAACCGGCAUGUUUCUCUCUUUUGACAUCGGCCAAUGGAGGCGAAGGUGAUUAAAACCAUGUUCAGAAACGUAGGCUUUCAUAGAAUAUACACAGGUUUAUUCCCAGUUUUUUUAAUUUCGAAUGAUGCCUGAAGGUACCAAACAAAAAGCUACUUGUAUUCCAUUCUAAGAACCGUUGACCACAUGCACUGAUACUGAAUUAGACUUCGGAAACUAGUAGUAGUACCUAUAAGUUAUUCUGAUACUGCAGCAAUUAUUCCUAAAUUAACUCUCAAGUUGUUU